GCCAGGCGCGGGGGAAGGGGGUCAUCCGGAACCAUUGCUCCGGGCCGCGGGGUGUUACAGCGAUCCGCGCCCCCCGGGAGCAUGGCCAGCAACAGCAUGGCGGACCCCCGGCGGCCCAACAAGGUGCUGAGGUACAAGCCUCCGUCUACAGAGAACAACCCCACGCUGGAAGAUCCCACUCCAGAUUACAUGAACCUGUUGGGGAUGAUUUUCAGCAUGUGUGGCUUAAUGCUUAAGCUGAAGUGGUGUGCUUGGAUUGCUGUCUAUUGCUCCUUCAUUAGCUUUGCCAACUCCAGAAGCUCAGAGGACACCAAACAGAUGAUGAGCAGCUUCAUGUUGUCUAUCUCUGCUGUGGUGAUGUCCUAUCUACAGAAUCCCCAACCCAUGUCCCCGCCUUGGUGAAGAGAUUACAGCUCAUUGCACAACUCCUUCUUGCAAAUCCCAGAGAGACACUGUCGGGGGAGAGGAAGGAUUCACACACUAGAACCAUCUGUUUGUACAAGCAGCGUGGUGUAACACUCGGCUAUCAAAUUAAAUGGGUUGUUGUUGUAGGA